GAGAAUAGAUUUCUGGAUAUUAAGGGAUAUUGGCAUAAUGCGGGAGAAAGAUCAACAAUUAUCAUAAUGAGAAGGAUCAAUCAUUAUUUUGAAUGUAUAAUGGAGCAGGAUUGAAAGCCCAUUUGCUUUACGCCUGGCUCUGUUUGUGAUAUAACAGAAGAAACAAGAAGUGGGCAAAAAAGCAAAAACUACAAAAGUAUCAACGAAAAUGAUUCCAAGAACUGGAAAUUGGGACUCAUGAUGAAGAUGCGAGGAUUGUUUUGUUUGUGCAUGUGUGAAGUGGCAACAACACCAUUCUUCUCAGAUGCCCGUAUGGCCCUCGUUUUGUUCUGGACAGUGCCUCGAGUUGGCAAACUCAGAAACCUGUUCAUAAACAUUUAGGGAUGAUUCAUCAGCAAGAAUGAUACUGACUCUGGGUUUGCUACUUUGGAGGCUGGACUUAUGACAUAUUUGGAGGAAGCACCAAAAUAUUAUCAAAUCUCAUUUGGCGAUGCUUCAAAUGUGUGAAACAGAAGGAGUUAUAAACCAAACGACCUGAAGACCAAACACAUUGGCUGAACAAGAAGUUGGAGAGAAGAAAGCUGCUCUGAUCAAAAUGAGAAACCUGCUGUAUUUGAUCCUCUUUUACUGUAUCUAUCAAUCGAGCACUUUGGACAAUGAUCUGGAAUAUUUUCUGGAAACACUUGAUGAAGAAAUGGAUGUGAAACCACUGCACCAGGCUCAAAUGCCAAAUCCCAAAAUGGGAAAUGAUAAUACGUGUGGAGGCAACAACGUGAGUUUUGAUGCCGAGCGAACCUCAUAUAAACAUGUGAUAGGGACCAACGUGACCAUUAUUUUUGAUAAGCUUAAUCUCAACACAACCAAAGAUUACAACCCCACCACUGGGAUAUUCAUAUGCCAAGUUCCUGGUAUAUACUUCUUCAGUUUUUCUUCUCUGCCAAAGAGAGGGGUUCCUACUGACGUGGUCCUGAUGAAGAAUGAGACAAAAAUCAGUAACAUCCACAGUGUGCUGUCUGCUGGUACCAGCCAGCUCGCUGUCAAGAAUGCCAUAUUGAAACUCGAAAAGUUUGAAUCUGUGUGGGUCCGGCUUGAACGUGGAGGACUCUGGAGCCGGGAUGGAUCAAUCAGCUUCCAGGGAUUUCUCAUAUAUGGUUAAGCCUAAGAAGACAGCGUGAAAUGUCAGGGUUCAUUCUUAUAUUCAGUGUUGCAACAUAAGAGCUUGGUGGGAUAGAAUCUGAAGUUUCAAGUACAACCUGCUGAAUACUCAUUUCAGUAGUCAGAAAAUAACAUGUUCAAUUUUACAGACAAAGGUUUUGUCCCACCAAUCUCACAUGUCCAGACACCAAACAGGAGAGUGGAUUGUCCCUGGAAAUCACAGAUGAUUUCAAGUGUGUUUUCGCUUUUAAAAAAUGCUUAUUGCUUGGGCUGCUCCAAUAAUUAAUCCAGUUCAUAGAUAAAUGUUGAACAAGGGCCAAAGAGUUAGAAGUUAAGUAAGAAGAACCGUGCAGAGGAGCCAAAGGCACGGAUCAUUGAAGACCGUGUCUGAAUGGAAGUUAAAUCAUGGCCUGAAGAUAGAUACAAAAUGCUGGAGUAACUCAGCGGGACAGGCAGCAUCGCUGGAGAGAAGGAACGGGUGACGUUUCAGGUCGAGACCCAUCUUUAAACUGAGAAUCAGGGGAAAGGGAAAUGAGAGAUAUAGCGCGUUAUAUCUCUCGUUUCCCCUUCUCCUAUAAUUAUUGUUGCUCCAGCAUUUCGUGUCUAUCUUCAGUUUGAACCAGCAUCUGCAGUUCCAUCCGACACAUUAAAUCAUGGCCUGCUCGGCAAAAAAACAAAUGCAACUUCAAAGGUGCAAAGAUAAUGCACGUAUGGUGUAUUUUAUAGAAUGCAGUCAGUAGCUACCGCUGUUUGCAGAUUUAUCAAUAAAGGCUAAAGCAUCAUCAUUGGAUUUUGUGUAUUGAUUCUCACAGAUGGUAGUAAAACAAACAAUGACAUGACUUUAAUUAAAACAUCACCAAUAUGAUGAAUGGCUUUUAAAUGUUGAUUAAAGCAUUCCACUUUACAACAAUAAGUUGAGGUUGGAAGGUAAUGAAAAGAUUAGGCCAGGAUCAGAAAUCUAUCCGGGCGGGGAGUGAGCAUUAUGCCAAGGAGUAACUGUACACCAGCAGUGAAUGAGCAGUUG